UCUUGGUCCUCGGAUGAUCGGAAUUCCCCUGCAAAGAUGGAGAACACCGUGCCAUGGUCCGAUCUCCCCAAAGAGCUCUGGUGUAUGAUCGGGAAGAAGCUCGACACCCCUACCGACGUCCGCCGGUUCCGCAGCGUCUGCUCUUCUUGGCGUUCUCUGAUCCCUCCGCUGCCCCAUGGCAAUAACCCUCCUCUGUUUCCCCUGCAACUCCCUCUCCGGCCGGGCCAAAAGCCCGCCUUCGUCACUCGAUCCACGAUCUACCGCCUCCAGCCGCCGGAAGAAUCCGGCCCGGCCUUUGCCUGGCUGGUCAAGCUCGAGGGAUCCGGCGAGCCGGGCCGCCCGCUCCGCCUCCUGAGUCCGCUCUCGAAGGAGCUGAUCAAGUACAAGCCCGGUUCUUUUCCUAGCGUGUUGAACACUUUGGACUUCAGGGUCACCGAGAUUGUUAAAGAGUACGCUGUCGAGGUCGAUGACGGGGCCAAUUUCCGCCGUGUCGCGAAGGUAGCUUUGUUCCCUGAUUCCGCGUGGGCCGAUGCAGGGGAGUGUGCGGUGGUUGGGAUUCUUGAGGGAGGGAAAUUGGGGCAUUGGAGAUAUGGGGAUGAGGAAUGGAGUGUGAUCGAAGGCCAAGAUUGUCAUUUUGAUGAUGUCAUGGUCUACAAAGGGCAGUUCUAUGCUGUGGAUAGGCUUGGGACCGUAUCAUGGAUCGACCCGUCUUUCCGGGUCGUGCCAUUCUCACCACCCAUGUGCGGUGGCGGCGACAGGAAGCACAUGGUGGAGGCAGGCGGUGACCUCUACGUGGUGGACCGGUACCUCGAGAGGGCCGCUCUGACAAGGUACCGGAACAACCGGGAGGUCGGCUCGGAGACGGUUAAGUUUAGAGUGUAUAGGUUGGAUCAAGAAUGGGGCAAAUGGGAUGAAGUGAGGAGGCUCGGUGAUGUGGCCCUGUUUCUGGGUGAUCACAGUUGCUUCUCAGUGUCUGUGCAAGAGUUCGGUGGGUGCGUUGGGAACUGCAUUUACUUCACUGAGUUGAGUAAUUUUUAUGGUGUUGAAGUCCAUGUCUUUUGCAUGGAGGACCAUAGCAUCAAGAGGGCGGCGUUCUCGCCGGACUACUUGAGGAUCCUGUGGCCGCCCCCGGCUUGGAUCAGCCCGAGCCCAUGCCCCCUCGAUCCGAAAACAUGAGGACAGUUUUCUAGUUCGAUCUGGUACGGAUUCAAUCUCGAGCAGAAUUGGGUUUGUAAUUCGGUUUUCAGUAUGAAUGAAAAGUGGAAGUUGUAAUUGCUUUGUGAGGCAUUGAGAAUCCAUGUUCUGUUGGCUUUGCUGAAUUUCUUUGUGCCUUGGUAUGCUCUGAACAUUGGAACCUUAUUUAUUCCAAAUUGACUGAAAAAAUUGGGGGUUAACACUAAUCAGACAGAAAACUCAUACAAGCAGAGAAUGCUUGAUGCAUAAAAUUGCUCACUCGAAACUAGACGGAUAUAGUGGAGAUGGAUUGGGGAAAUAUCAUGUAGUUAUCCUCAGUUUUAUACCGUGAUCAACAUUAUAAGCAGAUGUGGAGGGGGUUAUGGUUUGAAGUAUCUCUCAUGAGCACGAACGGCAAAGGAAAAAUCACGGAGAAGGUGCAAAGAACAAAACAUGGGUGAUGGUCACCACCAAAGUCCUUGCCUCCUGGACGAGAAAUAUAUGAAGCGGGUAUUCAAGUGAGUUUUGGGACACAUUCGAUUUUGACAAGAAAAUGGAUCAUGAUAUGUAAUCUACCUGUUUUGUGACUUGUGAGAUAACGAGAAAUUUCCAUACUAA